AUGAACAACGCUCGAAAACGUGCAAGACAGGCAACCCUGCUUCAAUGCGGGAUGAAAUCGCUAGCACCAAACGCUCCGGUGAGCGACCGAGCUGGAUUUGCACCAGUUAGGCUUGAUGAUGCUGUUGUCGAGGCCCAGCGUGAGCGAAUGGAGCACGAGAAGGUUGCUAGGCGCGAGCGCAAUGCGGUCAAUGCUACGGCAGCCGGCGAGGCGAGGCUUGCGCUCACGCCGCAGCCUGGCAUUCGACCUGUUGGACGUCCUCUUCAACAAAUCCGCGGGUCAACCAUGGCUCGGCUGCAGUUCGCACUGGGCCCUGGCUUCACCAGGCAAGUCAUUGUGACGCCCGCUCGGGUGGCCACCGCCACGCCCAAGUCUACUGGUCCGCGCGGCACGUACGCUCGAUUCAGCAAUGACGAAAAGCGGAUGGUUGUGGAGUUCAUCAGGGAGCGCUGCGCUGAUUCGGUAAGCCCGCGACGUCAGGUUCGGGUGCCGUUGCCAUGGGCAUCAACUUCAUGCACCGGGACCAGGGACCACAGCGGCACCUUUAACUCCGAGCGCCCCUUGAAGGAGUCCACGGUCUCUGGCUGGCUGGCUAAGUACAAGGAGAACCCGACCAUCUUUGGGGCUGGGGUUGCCACACCCGGCCAAGGCCGUGAUCAUGGAGAUGGUCACCUAACGGACGCUGCUCGGGCCUGGAUCCGCAAGGUCUGCAAGGGCCUGCGCCUCUCCAACCGGGCUGCAACGUCUGCAGCGCAAAAGCUACCCGCCGACUGGGAAGACAUUGCCCGGCUCUUCCUGCUGCAGAUUGCCUACCUAGCCUUCAAGCACGAAAUCCCGAAGGCGCUGGUCGUGAACGCGGAUCAGACUGGCUGCAACAUUGUGCCCAUCAGCAAGCGCACAUACGCCAAGAUGGGCAGUCAACACAUCCGGCAGGUCGGCCUGGAUGACAAGCGCCAGAUUACCAUCGUGGUGGCGUCGGCGGCUGACGGUAGCAUGCUACCACCGCAGGUCAUCUUCCAGGGCGGCACCAAGCGCUCGCUUCCUCCCCAAGAUUGCAGCAAGGGCCUGAUGGACAUCGGGGCGCAGCUGGCGUUCUCGCCCAACCACUGGUCCAACAAGAAGCUGAUGGAGCAGUGGGUGGAGUUGGUGCUGCUGCCCUACCUCCAGCGCACCAAGGAGCGGCUUGGGCUGCCGCCUGACCACCCCUGCAUGCUCAUCAGCGACUGCUGGCAGGUGCACCUGUCAGAGGCCUUCCAGGCCCACCUCAAGCGCAAGUGCCCCGGCAUCCUGCUCAACGGACACGGCCUGCAGAAGCCACUCAAGGAUGCUAUCCGCAAUGAGGCGAGCAAGGCCUUCCGGCGGCAGCUGGAGUCGCAGUUCAACAGUGGCGUUGCCCCCAAGGAUGCUGUGCUCAACCUGCGCACAUCCGCCAUGAAGCCGCUCGUCUGCAGCUUCAUCCUCGCCGCCUGGCUCUACCUGAUAAGCCAACCCCAGAUCGUCCUGCACGCCUGGGACAGCGCAACACUCUCGAAGGCUUGGGACCAGGAUACCAUCGACCAGGCGAUCCGGAAGGUGCUCAGUGAGGGCGAGGCAGCACUCUUCCCACCACCCCGCAGCACCCCGGACAAGGUGGAGGCCAUGCGUGCAGCAACGGCUGCCAAGCGGGCGGCCAAACUUAACGAGCAGGCCAAGCGGCAGGGCGGUGUGAAGGGCGGCCGGACCAAGCAGGGCAACAAGCACGGCCGGGGGACGAAGCGUGCAGAGCCGGAGGGGAGCAAUGAGGAGAUGGAGCACGAGGAGGAUGAGCCAGAGCCCAGCAGCAGCGAGGAGGAGAGCGAGGAAAGCGAGGAAAGCGAGGCUCCAUCCGAUUGCGAGGAUGAGGGGGACGUGGAUGGGGAUAAGGGGGAGGAGAGCGAGGAUGAGGGCGAGGUCCAGGCGCUGGUGAAUGCUGUUCGCAGCAGAUCAGGGCGGGCAAGCGUUCGGCCGCAGCGCUACCAAUAG